AGUAGAGAUGCUUAAUCAAGAAUUAGGGAAUUGGAAAUGGAAGUUAAUAAUUUGAAGGGUUUAUUGUAUUAGAGAACUACUGAAUGUGAAGACUUAAGAAAUCAAUUAGCACUUAAUGACAAAGAAUAUAGUUCUAAACUUAAUUAAUACAGAUUCUAAAUUAGUGAUUUGGAGUAAGAAAUUUUGAGAUUGAAAACUGAAAUUGAAAAAUUAAGAUAAUUGUUAGCCAAUAAGGAUCAUGAAAUUGAUGAUUUGCAUAUGAGAAUCUAAUAUUUGGAAGAAUAAGGAACUACCGUUGUCUAAGAAAAGGUCACUUUCUUAAGUUCAGAAAUUGAAGUCUGGAAAUAGAAGUUCAUCAAAAUUAAUCAUGAUUAUAAUGAAUGUUAAGAACAAUUGAUGAUGGCAUAAGCAGAAUUAGAGGCUCUUCAGAAGUAAUAAAAGAAGGUAUGAUUCAAUAUUUAUAGUAAUUAGGAAGUAGUUGUGGAAAAGAGAACUGUAACAAGAUCAACAGUUGGUAGCAGCAGUAUUCAAAAAUAAUAUUGA